AUGUCAAAUAUAUUACGUGACCGACUCGUUGUACAGGAACCCAAACUAAUAGACGCAGUCCGUAUCCGCGACGGCACCAGGGUGGUAAUCAAGCGAGUGGUCCUUGCAGAAGACAAUGUUGAAAUUUUGCAAUACCUGAAUACUUCAAAGAUGCGUGAAGACAGCAGGAAUAAUGUCGUCCCCCUCUUAGAGGUUUUACCGCUUCCAAACGAUAGUGGCGUCGAAACUUCUUCGCCUUCUGCACUUAUUGUGAUGCCUAUGCUUUUCCCACUUAUGUCGGUGACUCUUCCAUAUCGGCAUGUUCGAGAGGUUUUGGAGGUGGUUGAACAACUAAUCCAGGGCAUUCAAUUCCUGCAUGAGCACAAUAUAGCGCAUAGGGAUGCAUGUCGCCGUAAUUUCAUGAUGGAUCCCACAAAUGUUAUCCCGAGUGGUUUUCACCAUGUGGCUAACUACUGGCAGCCUGACGGGAGAAUACAUAUAGUCCACAAGGAUCGCUGCUCCGUGGCACCUGUUAAAUACUAUCUGAUUGAUUUCGAGACAGCUGAAUUUUUUACUCCUGGCUCUAGCUGUGUUGGAUACUAUGGUCAAGUCAAAUAUGUCCCUGAGAUGUCGGGAACUAUUCCAUAUAAUCCAUUCAAGCUAGAUGUCUUUCAAUUAGGAGACCUUGUCGACAGAUUUGUUGAAGAAUACGAAGGCUUAGAUUUUUUGUCACCUUUGGCCGAUUCUAUGAGAUAUACCGACCCUGCAUUGAGGCCUACAGCUACGGAGUCACUUAGCAUUCUUCGACAAAUUGUUACAUCGCUUGAUCAACCCUCCCUCAAUAUUUCAACUGAGAAUGAAAGCACAAUCCUAUUGUUUUAUCAGACAUACAUAUCGUCGUCGUCAAAAUCCUUGGGGUUUGUAUCCUCUCCAUUGGCUACAAACACGCUCGAAUAUCCUACUUCGAAAGGUAUACCUAAGGCUUCGUGA